GAGUGUGUGUGUGUGUGUGUGUGUGUGUGUGUGUGUGUGUGUUGGGCAAGAGGCAGUGAGUAAACUGAGAAGGUUUAUUAAUUGUUCACUCUUGAGCUGUCUUCGUGCGUUUGUGUGAGUGAGUGAGUUUGUGUGGUAGUGUGUAUGUGUGUGUGAGUGUAUGUGUGAGUGUGUGUGUGUGUGUGUGUGUGUGAUCACAUAACCCUUGUGUUUGCUCAGUGAUCUCUUGCGGAACCUGUCUGAUCGCUGUGGGCUGGCACUAACUUGCGCAGGUAUGAGGAGAACUCCAGCUCAGUCCUGAGAGAGAGAGAGAGAGAGAGAGAGAGAGAGAGAGAGAGAGAGAGAGAAACUCCAGUUCAGUCCUGAGAGAGAGGGAGAGAGAGAGAGAGAGAGAGAGAGAGAGAGAGAGAAACUCCAGUUCAGUCCUGAGAGAGAGAGAGAGAGAGAGAAACUCCAGUUCAGUCCUGAGAGGGAGAGAGAGAGAGAGAGAGAAACUCCAGUUCAGUCCUGAGAGAGAGAGAGAAACUCCAGCUCAGUCCUGAGAGAGAGAGAGAGAGAGAGAGAAGCUCCAGCACGUCUGUGACCUACGCUCGGUGGGAUCUCUCACCUGUGAACAGGUCAACAGAAGGAGGAGGAGGAGGAGGAGGAGCAGGAGGAGCAGGAGGAGAGGAGGCUGCUGUGGACAGUGAGAGACAGAGCUGCAGGAUGUGAGACGACCUGGAGGAGAUUCUUCCACCGCAGGUUGACCAAUGUCUGUGUGAUUCUAAUGAGGCUCUUCAGGCUCUGGGAUGUACAUGAUGUUGCUGUGUUCCUCAGCAUCGCAUCAUAUAUCUGUGACCUAGCCGGAGCCAUCUCCAUCCACUCCCCUCAGAGGAGCCUCACCAGGGCAGUGCAGGAGGAUGUGUUCUUCUCAGUGGACGUUUCCUCCAACGGGGUCCCCACCAUACAAUGGAACUUUAUGUCCGGAGCGGUGAGCCGCACCAUAGGGACUUGGCAGCCCGGUGUGUUCACCAACAUCACGGUGGAUUACAGCAGCAGAGUGCAGUCCUACGACAAUGGCUCCAUGGGCCUGUCGGACCUGCGGCUGCAGGACGGAGGAUACUACGUGGUCACUGUUACAGAAACGGAGGGAAGCAGCAAGGACACCGGGUUCGUCCUGAAAGUGAACGAGGUGCUGUACGAGGAUCUUCAGUAUCUGUCCGUCUCUGCUCUGGCUCUGGCCUGCGUGGCCACUCUGCUCAUGCUCCUCAUGUGGCUGCUGGACAAGGCGUACAGGAGGAUCGUGGCGUGGAGACGCAGGAGACAGAUGCCAGAAACCAAUGAGACGGAGCUGCAGCCGCUCUGAGGGACCAGCCUCCACCCAAACAUGAGAACUCACCAGAGCUGCAACUCCCAACUGUGGAUUUUAAAUGUAACUGCUCAAUGUAAAUAUUUCCCUCAGGGAAUUAGAAAAAAAUACAAACUGUAUUUAUUGUCUGAGGAAAUGAAAAGUGUGAUUUUUCUUCCUUCGACUCGUACGACAGGUCGUCUGCUGACAGGAAACUUCUCAGGUCUUCAGUGGCUGUUUGUAAAAAGUAAAGUGAAAUAUUUCUGUGGUGAUCACUGUUGAUAUCAUGGCCUCAAACAAAUAAAUGUAAAUAAACUAACAAGAGUAAAGAUACUUCAUGUGUGGCCUUCUCAAUCCUGAUGUCCCAGCCUGUGUUAAUAGAAUCAAAUGAAUCCAAACAUGAACAAACAUCAGUGUUAUAAAAACUAAAAGAAAUCAUCUUGAGAAACAUU